AUGUGCAACGUGCCAUAUCGAAGUGCUGUCGGAGGCAUCAUGUAUCUCAUGGUCGCCACACGUCCGGAUCUAGCUGCUGCAGUGGGAUCAUUAUCCCAGUUCUCGUCCGACCCAUGCCCGACUCACUGGCAAGCUUUGAAGCGUGUGCUGAGAUACCUGCAAGCAACGCCCAAUCAUGGUCUUGAGUUUACACGUGAAGAAGGAAGCCGUAUCUGCGGGUACACCGACGCAGACUGGGCCGGCGACAUUGAGUCAAGACGAAGUACAAGCGGCUAUGUGUUCAUGAUGAGCGGAGGAUGCAUCAGCUGGAAAAGCCAGAAACAACGGACGGUCGCGCUAUCUUCAACAGAAGCAGAAUACAUGGCGCUUUCCGAAGCAACCAAAGAAGCAGUAUGGCUCAAAGUGCUUUUGGGGGAACUUGGUGAGAUGACAAGCGACGAAGCGAUCAAGAUGUAUGAAGACAACCAAGGAUCAAUCGCUCUCGCCAAGAACCCGGAGUUCCAUAAGAGAACAAAACACAUCGACAUACGCUACCAUUUUGUGCGUGAGAAGGUGGAAUCAGGUGAAGUCGUUUUGGAGUAUUGCCCGACUCAAGAUAUGCUGGCAGACAUGAUGACCAAGCCGAUCGCCGCUGUACAAUUUGAAAACAUUCGCGAUCGACUUGGGAUCCAAGGUGCCGCAGCUAACGAGUCGAGAGGGAGUGUUGAAAAGACAGCGGCUGUGAAGAAGACACCUCGUCAAGCUGCGUCAAGUGUUGAAGCAAGUGGAAGACCAAGCUUCGCUAUACCGGUGGGUACCGGUAUGUACCAGUAA